AUGGAUGAAGAUAGUUUCUACAGAAUGAGGAAGAUCCAAAGAACACCUCAAUCCACCUUUGUCAACUCACAAAAUGUCAAAGCUGGUUUGAAUGUCCAGCACAACUGCCACAAUGGUGGAUGUGAAUUAACAGAAACUGGGGAUGGAUUUGUUGAGCGACGCAAAAGUAAAAAGAAGAAGCUGGAGUUAACACACACAGACCACGAUCAAUACAUCGUCAAUAUAGCUUCGCUCUCAUCGGCCGCUUGGCAUCGUACAUUCUCAGAAAUUACAUUUGUUUCACCUGGACCGCUUCAGUGGGUCAAUACUUUGCAUGAUGGAUUGAAGAAGUGGGGAUCAAUUGUCGAGCAGAAAGAAAAAAAAGUGAGAAAAAAGUCAUCCACAAUGGCAAGAACAACAAUGGAUCCGAGUUUGAUGUGA